AAUUAAUGUCUGAUCACGAUACACAUAUUCACUAAAACAUUACAAUUUAAUAAAAGAAUGAAAGAAUAAAGUAGUCAAUUACAACGUCUAUGAAAUUGUCCUUGAUGAAUAUUUACUAAGUUUGCAGCAAAUUUUGUAUUAAAGAUUACAAAAAAAAGGACCUUUCUGAUAGAGAAAAAAUCUGUUUAUCAAGAUGUUUUGAAAGAAAAAACGAGACUCUUCAGACAACAAUGGAGUUUUUAGGAAAGUUAGAAUAAUCAUCUGAUUGAUUUUGCAAAUAUUUUAUGCAUUAAUAAAUACCCU